GCACUAUGUAUACUUGGUCUGUAACCAGAACAGAAAAUAAAAUGAAGACCUAGCUGUGGAUAUUAAUAACAUGUUAGCAAUAAUAUAUUGCUUGAAUCAAAAGGGGGUUGUCUGGUGCCAGAACAAGUAUACAUCAGUGCCAAGUGUACAUCUCUGGGGAGUAGAUUCCAUAAACGAGGUGCCAUUCCCAAAGAAAGGCCCUUCCCCAGGUAGCUGCCCUCUUCACAUCUUGUAAAGGCAGUUCCUGGAGAAGGACCUCCAAAGAUGGUCUUAAGGUACAGGCAGGUACAUAUGGAUGGAUUCCUUCAGAUAAUCAGGUCCCAAACUGUUUAGGGCUUUUAUAUGUUAAUACAAGCACCUUUGAAGAUAGUACAGGACUGGUGAUAGAUGAUCUUGUCUGCCAGUCCCUCUAAACAGAGGUACUGCUUUAUUUUGUACCAGUUGCAACUCCUGGAGCACUUUCAAGGGCAGUCCCAUAUAAAGCACAUUUCAGUAGUCAAGCCAAGACAUUACCAGAGCAUGGAUUACUGUUGCCAGAUUAUGCCUGUUCAGAUAGGAAUGAAGUUGAUAGAUCAACUGAAGUCGAUGGAAGGUGCUUCUGGGUACAAAGCCCACCUCGUGUUCCAGGAGCAGAUCUGGAUCCAGAAGCACCCCCAAACUCAGAACCCUGCACUUUAGGGGGAGUGCAGUCCCGUCCAGGACAGGUGAGACAUCAACCAUCUGGACGAGGGAGCAAUUUUGGUAAUUGCCAACAUCAUUUACAUAGUGGACUGGUUAUAGAUUGAUAGAGGGCUAAACUUAGCUUUAACUCAUAAGAGGGGAUGCUUCUUGGGAUGUUCUACUUUGGAAGAUGUUGCCUCUGAAUGUUGUUUUUUUCCCUUCUUUAUGUGCUGUGCCAGAUUCAGCUGUAUACUGACAGGAAAAGAUCAGGGUUGUGUGAGGUAGGGGCCUGUGGGUUAUUAGUACCACCGAUCUUUCACUACUAUGGAGGUAGGGUUCAUGUCAGGUGUGAUCCAUCUAUACACUUCCUGAUCACCAACCUUGUGGAAAUUGGCUACCUGUCAGAAAAGGAGUCACAGUUCCAGCUAAUUAUUCUGCACAGUAUCAACUUGGUAGGUAGAGUUGGUCUGCUGUUACAUGACUGUGCUUGUUGAGAGCAGUUCAUACACUGUUUUUCAGAUUUUUUCCUAAAAAUUGCUGGGCUUGUUCAUGUGUUCGUUAUCAUGUAAACCUUUGUAAGCAUCCUGGGAGAGGCAGAUGCCUUACAUUUUGAGGGCUGGUCAUUCCUAGGUUCUGGAACAAGUGAUAUCAUGACUGUCAGUUAACUAUAGACAGAAUGCAGCUGAAGGAUAAAGCUUCCCUUCUUUGUCAAUGUUAAUGUUUCUUACAUGGUUUGCUAGCCUCUAGUGGCUCAUGAACAGUGCUGGAGUUUCUGAGCCCAAGUUUCUCAUGUUACUGAUUAAAUGCUCUGGUGAAGACGCUUCAGGCUCAGCUGGAGAAGCAUUACAUAAGUUAUUUUUAUAGCAAAUGAAACAUAUUUCUGGAAAACUCCUUAUAAUAACCUUUUAUUGACAGAUGGAGCUGGGUGGGAGGAUGGCUGUGCCAUGUAACUUGCAUGUAAGUGAGUUGAACACUAGGUUAGGCCAUUAAAAUUGGAGCUAGUUUCUUAGCCCCAUAGGAAAGAAAAUCUAUAACCUAUUAAAAAGUACUAUAAAGAUAGAUGUAGAAAACAUGCAGGUAUAUCAUGUUGCCAAAAAUAAAUAUAGACCAGGGAUAGGCAAGUUGGUGUCUUUCAGGAAGAUAAGAGAAGCCAUGCUGUAUCAUCAUUCAUUUUUCAUAGUGGCAAGCAAGAUGCCUACAGGAUCCCUAAAACAGGGAGAGUACAAAAGUUCCUGCUGCCCCAGCUUCCAAGCAAAUGGGGGACCUUGCAUACCACCUCUGAGACUGAAAGUAGCAUAUAGCCAGCAAGUCUCGUAGCCAGAGAUAGCCUUCUGUUCCAUGAAUUUGCCCUGUCCCCUUAUAAAGCUGUCCAAAUUAGUGGUCAUCACUACUUUCUAUAGCAGUGAAUUUCAUACUUAGUUUAAGUGUGUGCUGUGUGAAGAAGUACUUCCUUUUAUUUCUUCUGAAUCUCCAACCAAUCAGCUUCAUGGAAUGACCUCAUGUUCUGAUUUUAUAUCUUCUCUCCCCUUUCUCCACUACAUGCUUAAUUUUGACACCUCUGUUAUAUCUCCCCUUACUUGCUCCUUUUCUAAGCUGAAGAGUUGCAACUGUUACAACCAUUCCUCAUAGGAGAGUUGCUCCAACCCCUUGGUCUGAACUUUUUCCAACUCAGUAAUGCCAUUUUUCGGAUUCCAUCACCUAAUCUUGAAGGUGGGAUUUUUUUCCCUUCCAACAUGCAUCACUUUACACUUGCAUGCAUUGAACUGUAUUUGCCAUUUCAAUGCCCAUUCUCCCAGCUUGGAGAGAUGCCUUUGGAGCACCGCACAAUCCCUUUUGGUUUUAACCACCCUUAAUAGUUUUGCAUCAUCAGCCAAUUUUGCCUCCUCACUGCUUACUUCUAAUUCCAGAUCAUUUAUGUAUAUGUUGAAAAGCAUCAGUCCUAAUACAGAGCCCUGUGGGGCACUUUUGACAUUCCUCCAUUGGGAGAAAUUACCAUUUAUUACCGCUUUCACUUUCUGUCAUUUAAGCAGUUACUGAUCAUAACACCCCCCCCUCCAUUCCAUGACUGCUAAGUUUGCUAAGAUGAGGGACUUGUCAAAUUCUAAGUAAACAAAGUCUACCUGAUUGUCCAUGCCUGCAUGCCUAUUGACACUCUCAAAAACUCUCUUAAGUUGGUAAAUUCUUUAUUGGUUGUGGAAGCCCUGUUAAUUAAUUUUAGCAGGGCCUGUCCCUCUAUUAAUCACUGUUUCUGUAUUUAAUAACACUGUUAAUCAAUUUAUCUAGAACAGAUAUGAAGCCAACCAACCUGUAACUUCUUUGAUCCUUCCUGUGUCACUUUUAAAAAUUGGUCUUACAUUGGCCAUUCUCCCAUCCUCAGGUACAGAGGCUGAUCUUAAGGAAAUGUUACAUGUUUUUGUAGGAAAGUUGGUGAUUUUGUAUUGAGCUAAGGUUCUAGGAUACCAUCUGGGCUUAGUGAAUUAUUAACUUUCAGUUAGUAAGUUUGAGAAUUUCAUCCCUUGUCACUAUCUGCCUUAAUUCCUCAAACUCCCUUCCUGAGUAGUUAAGCUCAGGAACAGGUAUCUGGUAUCCUCUGCUGUAAAGUCAGAUAAAAACUUUACUAUCAGUUUUUCUGCAAUCUCCUUAACCACCUUUAGUGCUGUUUUAAUUCCAUUAUCAUACAAAGGUCCAACUGCCUCUCUAGCUAGUUUCUUUCUUCUGAGAGAUUUAAAAGAUUUCUCUAUUGUUGGACUUGUUGUUUGUGAUAUGUUCCUCAGAAUAUUUAUUCUCUUACUAUCUGCAUACUUCUCCUAUAACAUAAUAUUUUCCUCAUUUACGCAAAAUUUUAAUUUAAUUCAGGAAGGCUUCUUCUCUCUAAUUGCUUCCUUGUUAACUGUGUUGGUGACCUCUCGGAUUUCAUGCUACCUCUCCUCACUUGUGCUGUACCUGCUAUCAGAGCUUCUGUUGUUAUGGUUUUGAGUAAUUUGGAAGGGAUUAAACUCUCGACACCCCUUUUUACUUUUUUUUUACAAGUUCCAUCAUUUUAGAGAAGUUUCCCCUUUUAAAGUCAAACAAAUAUAUUGGAUCUAUUUAGCAAUAUUCCAUCUAUACAUUAAAUCUAAUAGCUUUGUGGUCACUGUUUUCUGUUAGUUCAUAACAUUUACAUCUCAUACUGCACCCUGGGCAACCCCACCUAGGAUUAAAUACAGGGUUGCCUCCCCUCUGGUUGGUUCCAUGACCAGCUACUCAUUCAGGGCAUCAAAAAUGUUAACCUCUCUAACAGAAGUGGAACAUGAAUUUAUUCAAUCAAUGUGUGGGGAGUUGAAGUCACCCAUUAUUACAGGACUGCCUUUGAGUCCUCUCUGAUUUAAUUCUCCAUCUCAGGAUCACCCUAACCAUUCUGGUUUGGAGAAUGAUAAACAUAUUGGUAUGAUUAAAAUACUUUUGAGACCAGGUAUUGUUAUACACAAUGUUUCUUUUGAGGAGUCUGCACACUUUUAGCUGAUCAACUCUGCUGGAUUCUAUGCCGUUUUUGACAUAAGGACAACACUUCUUCCAAAUAUAUCUUUCCCUGUCCUUCCUAUAGAAUUUAUAUCCAGAGAUGAUUGUAUUAUAUUGCUUCUCUCCAUUCUACCAGGUUUCUGCAAUGCCCUUUAUAUAGAACUUCUUGCUUAAAGCCAGGCACUCCAGCUUUCCUGUUUUGACUCAGAGGCUUCCAGCAUUUACUUAGAAAUAUACAAAGUGUCCUUCUCCAGACAUGUGCAACCUAUGUUUUGGUACAAAGUGUAGAGCAGGAGCCCAGCUCUCUCAGUUACAAGUCUCCCCAGAUGGAUUCUUCAGAUUCGAAAGAGGAGUUGUAGGGGCAGAAGUGGGCAAAUGAUUUUGGAUUUUCAAGACUACAGAGUGAAGGUACUCAGACAGCCCCCGGGACCCCACCUUGGAAAAGGAGGAAGGCAUUUCUGAACUGGGAGAGAGAAGAGGGAGCAGGGAGUUGCUUGACCCUGUAAGGAGAACAGGGGAAGCAAGCAGGACCAGUUAAGGAGUGUCUGAUGUGCCUCCUGUCUAGCCCUAAAGCAGCAGAGCCACGUUGAGAGUGAAGUCAAGACCUUGCUGAAAGGGCAGGAAGGAAUGGCUGCUCCAGUUUGGAUUCAGCCCUCACAUGGGCAGAUGCUACUCCCACAUUUCAAAAAGAGUGCUACUUGGAUUUAUGCUGUUUUGUAACCCAUGGAGCCCAAAUAAAGAACUGUGCUUCUAAGCUUUCAUCUUAAGUGUGCUGGAGAGACCAAGGGAGUGGGGGAAGAGACCUGCGCACAACACUUUGGUGUCUUCAGCUUGUUGUCACGACUUGCCAUAUGCUCGUGGGUUACUUCUUCCCCUCCUACAUUUGCGCAAUCAGACUUCUUCCUUUUCAUUUGCUAGGGGUGAUAUUACACAAACCAGAUGCUUCUUAGCUCCUGUUGGCUUUACCCCAGGGUUCAGUUUAAAAGCUGGCUGCCAGUUUUUUAUGUUACGCACCAGCACACUGGUUCUGUUUUCAGGUUCAAGAGGAAUCCACCCCUUGUGUACAGGCCCAGCUUGCCCCAAAAUGUUCUGAAGUGCCAAACAAAUCUGAACCACUUUUCUAUACCACCAUCUCAUCUCACUUUGAGACUCCUCAGCUGUCUGUCUAGCUGGCACUGCAUGUGGAAUAGGUAGCAUUUCAGAGAAGGCCACCCUGAUGGUCUGGAUCGCAAGCUUCUGCCUAGCAAUCUAAAUAUGGCUUUCAGACUAUAUGACUACAUUUCCCCACAACAUUGGUUUCCCUACAACACUCCACUUGUACACUAGCUGCAAGACUACCUAGAUGGUGCAUGAAGUAUGUAGCCUUCAGACCAGGCAGGCAAUUUAUCCUGUGGUCUAUAUGCCCAUCACAAGCCCAGCUGAGUACCUAAUUCUUGAAUCUCCCACUCCCAGAAACUCCCCACCCCCUGGAGGCACAUCCUUAAUGCAAGAGAUUAAUUGCUUAUCUUGCACAUCCUUAAUGCAAGAGAUUAAUGGGACCCUUCUAAAGGAUCAUUCUUCUCUUCUUCACAUAUAUUUUGUAUAUAUUUUGUAAAAUUGGAGACGUAUAGUGAAAAAUGCAAAAUUUGCAGUAAGAUAGCUGUUUGAGUUUCUGUAUUGGUUCAGCAUUGUAAAAUUAGGUACACUUGCCUUAAAACACGAACUAAAUAUUGUAACAGAGCACCGACUCAGGGCUUCUCAGGAAAGGAAGUGUUAACCCUGGGUGUCCUGCCCUGAGUACACAAAAUCCCAGUCUCUGCAUUACUUUCUCAAGAAUGGUCAGUUUCAGUCCAGGAGUCAAGGCUAUAUGGUUAGUGCAUGUCCAAAGCUCAAAGUCAAAUGGGGUGUCCGAAAGGAUGUUCAAUAAAACAGGCCAGGAAUCUAGAUACCGGUUAGCAUCCACAAAAUCCAGGAACAAAGAUAAUGCAGUUUGUUGUUUGCAACACAGAGCAGCUCUGCCUGAAAUUAAUUUAUGGCCAGCUCUAACUCAGCACAUCUGUGCUGUUUCUCCCUGGCUUUCUUCAUCUGAGGAAUCUUCCUUCAUGACACUGGGCAUGAAGGCCCAACCGUUGCAGCCAGGUGGCAAUUCAAGAAAAACCACUGGGCUUGAUAGUGAUGGGAAUGCAAAAAACCCUCAAUUACUUCCAAAGUCAGAGCCAUUCAGACCCAAUCAAGGGAGGUAGUAGCCCUGAAGGGUAUAGGAUUCUCACCUGGGUACUCUCAGGAGAUGUCACCCCAUGAGUCAUCUGCUUGAUCUAACUGGAUAAAAGCAGAGAGCUGUGGGAGAUCUGAGUUCCUCUUUACGGAAAGAUUCCCUGUUGCUGCCGGAGGCUCUGCCAAGAAAUACUGCUCUGUUCUUCGUCGUGGCCUCUGUGCAUCACAUAUAUGGGUUCUGCGCCUGUGCAGUGCCUUUGGCCGGAAGAUUAACAGCUAACGGUUUUUGGCGGGAACUCCGCUCCCCCUCCCCCCUAGCAUUAUAUAAGGAGUGGAGUGUCCGCCAUUUUCCAGUCUUUGUGACCGCCAUUCGUUGUGCCUCGUGCUGCUUCACUCUCGCUUAGAUCAUUACUUACUUCUCGCUCAUUGAAAAACUCUCUUUUUUCCUUACCAAGUUAGUAUUCCCUUGUUCCUGUUGUUGUUAGUAUUUCACUUACUUCUUAACUUUUCACCGUUUUUUCUCUCUCUCGUUCCUAAAAAAACAAAAAAACCCAAAAAUAUUACUUUCCUGCUUUACUAUCUCCUUUUUCUUCUAUUUCUACGAUGGGGCAACGGGCGGCGUUCUGCAAGUAAAGGAAGUGCGGCUCCAAAAUGCCCGCCACGGACCCGCAUGACCUGUGCCUCCUUUGUCUGGGGGAAGGGCACAGGACCGAUAAAUGUGGCCAUUGUUUGGCCUUCUCCAAACAGGCAAGGAAGAACUGGGAGAAUCGCCUCCGCAAACUUUUGUGGGACCAGGCUCUCCUCCAGUCAGACUGGGUGGUGGCUAAGCCUCCCACUACUGUGGCUCCACCUGAAGGCCGUCCAACUUCGGCCGACCUGCCGCAACGCCCAGCCUCUUCCUCCAUUGCUCCGCCCUCAUGCCCUUCUGAAGAAGGUGCUCAUACCAUGGCUGAUCAGCCCAUUUCCCUGCCAAGGAAACAAAAGGAGAAGAGAAAGCACAGCGAUCCGGACAAACAUCCUGUGCACAAGAAGGCCAAAAAAGAUAAGGUAGGCAAGCCGGUUAAAAAGCCGAGGAAUCCCGAGCACGCAAAACAUCGCCACUCGGGUUCUGCAACUUCCUCAAUCCCGACUCCUCCCUCGGUCCCGACCAUCCAGGUGGCUAUAACGGUUACCCCGCCAGGAUCACCGCGCCAAACGGCAGCCGAUCCUACUCUGGAUUCAUGGCGUGGUUCCAUCUCAGAUGGGGAAAUAAGAGAUUCUCCACCGAGAGCUCAGUCACCAAUGCCAAUGCCGCCGGUCCCGCUGGAUACCGAGAUCGUCAUCUCUCCCCCGAGAAGCCACAGGAGCCGUUCCUCAGAUGCUAGAUCCGAUGACUGGUACCAUUCCAGAUACUCCUCCGCUUCAAGAUGGGAAGAGUACCAAUCUGUGGCCUAUUACCCGGUUUCCAGGGGAUGAUCUUCGCCGCCAGCUCCUCGGGAUCGCUUCCAUUCAACGCCCAGAGAUGCCCUGAGGGCUUCGUCUAAAGAAAGUGGCAGAUCAGAGUCACCAGGAGAUUCUUCCUCCAGUGCACCACCCCCCUAUUGGAUGGAAUCUGAUGAGUCUGAGGCUGACUCGACCUCGCUAGAUGCAGCAGUUACUUCGCAGGGCCCGGGGUCACCUGAAGAACCAUACAUCUCGUUCAAUGAAUUGAUGACCAGGCUAGUGAGGUCGCUCGAUAUCGAAGCCCACCAACAACCGGGACCGAGUACUGACCGUUUUUAUGAUGUAGUCAGGGGCAAACGAUCCACAUCUAUUGCCUUGCCGUUCAUUACAACCUUACGGCAAGCAAUGACUCAGCCAUGGAACCUCCAGGCUCACCCACAACCGACUUCACGUAAAUAUGAGUCUAUGUAUCAGGUUCGGGAGGAAGACAUCCCGUUCCUCCUUCAUCACCCCAAGCUGAACUCGGUUGUUGUGGAAUCCUCCCAGGGCUGGGAAGCACAUGGACACACCUCACCUCGCAAUAAAGAGGGAAGAAAAGUUGACUCCCUUGCCUGCUGGGUAUACGCAUCUUUGGGCCUUGGAUUACGAAUUUCCAAUUAUGAGGCAACCCUGGUGCUCUAUCAAUAUUUUCUUAUGCAACACCUAGACGCCAUCAUUGACACCUUCCCAGGAAAUCAGGGCAAACUUGCAAAAACCUUUGUUAAGGAAGCUAUGCAGGUGACGGUGCAACAGCUCUCCACAGCGAGGCACCACGUUGAUUCUGAUUCGAGGUUGCUUGUCGGUGCCAUUUCCCUCCGCAGACACGCCUGGUUGCGUAACUGCAAUUUUCUGGAUGAAAUGAAGCGGAGAAUUGAGGAGAUGCCGUUCGACGGAUCCGGUCUCUUCAACGCGAAGGCGGAUAGCAAACUGAAGAAAAUCCACGAAUCCAGAAUGACAGCCUGUCGUAUGGAACUGCAAUCCCUGCCUCUACGUAAGUGGUCAUGGUCAUGCCCGCAAUACCACCAACAAUUUCAGCCUCGGCAACAACAACCACAUCAACGCCAGCAAUGCCGCAGACAACAACCAUCCCAGCUCUUCCAGCAGGGCCGCCGCCGCUUUGACACGGACAGGCGACAGCGCUGAUGCGACGAGCGAGCCUCUCUUCUCCUCCCAACUUCACCCUCCCCUCUCUCAUUUGGGGACCGGCUGAAAAGUCGGCUCCCCACUUGGGAGUCCAUCACAUCUGAUGGGGUGGGUGUUAUCCAUCAUUCGGCAUGGCUAUGGAAUUGAAUUCGACGUUGUUCCAUCACCGAAUCCUAUCCGUUUUACACCGACCUCGUCAGUACUGCUGGACGAGAUUCACCAACUCCUUACUAAAGGAGCUGUUCAUCACUUAUCAUUAUCGGAAGGACUCCACGGAUUCUAUUCCAGAUAUUUUACGUUCCCAAAACGAGAUGGGGGUCUCAGACCUCUAUUGGACUUGAGAGCUCUCAAUAGAUUCAUAACACCAAAGAAGUUUCGGAUAACCACACUCCAAAAUAUACUUCCGUUGCUGGGAAGAGGGGAUUGGUUCGCCUCACUGGAUUUGAAGGAUGCCUAUUUUCAUAUUUCAAUACAUCCAAGUUAUAGGCGCUUCCUUCAUUUUGCGGUGGACUCUGAAAUCUACGAAUUCAAGGUGUUACCGUUUAGAUUGGCCACUGCACCAAGGGUUUUUACGAAGUGUAUGGCUCCUGUCUGCACACACCUUCAUUUACGUGGAAUUUGGAUAUACCAGUACCUUGAUGAUUGAUUGUUGGUGUCCGACAUAAAAGCAGGACUUUCAUCUGCUGUUGAGAUUACGUGUGCUCUAUUACAAGACCUCAGACUCUGUAUUAAUUGACAGAAGUCUUCUCUUCUCCCUACACAGACAAUCAACUUUAUCGGAGCCCGGCUGGAUUCGACAUUGGCAAGAGCUUUUCUUCCUCAAGACAGACAACAUGCUAUUGCUCGGUGCAUCUCUCGGAUCCGACAAGAAAGAACUGUCCUUACCCGAUCUAUCCAGAGCCUGUUGGGACACAUGUCUGCAUCCGUCGCCGUGGUUCCACAUGCCAAACUCAGGCUACGCCCUCUCCAGCUGUUCUUCAACGGGAUGUUCCGACCACAGACAGAUACACCCACCAAACGGAUUCGACUUCCGGUCUCCGUUCUUCAGUCCCUGUUAUGGUGGGCAGAACCAGCCAAUUUAAAUGU